CUCAGGGCGUGGGUCUCUGCCUGUGAGGUCUACGGGUAGGAGGUUCUAUCUCUGUGUACUGUGCUGUUUCGAAGGGUCCCACCCCUUAUACAUUGGAGCAAACUUUCCUAAGUCCCUAGGGCCCUCAGCCAAGCGGCCACUACUUUUUUUUGGCCCAGGCGGAUGUCAUGAGGUCACGGAUGAUGAAGACUUCCUCCCUCUUCAAAACCGUUUGCUGUUUUUCCCACCAGAGCCCCGGUUAACAAGGGAAGUCGGGACCUGACUAGGAGGGAAGACAGGCGACCAGCAAGAGCUGACUAAAUCUUGCCCCAAUCUCUCACUGUGAAGCGGACUUGCGGCUUGGUGAAAAUAGGGAUUAAAAAGUGCGGCCUAUGUUUUCUCAGCUCUCCUUUUCUUGGACAGCUUCUAACAAUGCAUCUCGUUAAAGGAAAGCCCGCCCCAGUUCUGUCCUCUGUCCUUUUCCAUCCAGAGUCUGGUGAGGAAGAGAAGACUGUGGUGCUCACGGUCACCUCAGCUCUCUUGAGCUCAACUACAAAAGGAGUGAGUUGGACCGAUAUUACUCAGGAUCGUCAUCCCAGCCCUGAGGUUCAGUGCCUAGUUUGGCUCACGUGGCCAGAACAGUUCUGACGUUGGGGGUGGCUGUGGUUUUGGCCUCUCACUUGAAUCACCCUGCUAAAAGGAAGCUAAAAGUUGCAUUAUUAUGUAUUCUGAAUAUUAACACACUGCAACUUCGAGGACCUCAGGAGCAUUUUAUCUACUAACCAAUAGCAUAUUCCAAGGUUAACAUUGAGGAAAUCCAGAACAAGAUAAAAAUGAGAAUGUUGGAAAAUGAUAUUGAAACAGACGACUGAGAGUUUUCCAGGAUUGAGAGUCAAAAAUCUUUAUAAUCUUUAUUCCGGUUGAAGAUGCACCCAAAUAUGAAACAAGAAAAAUAAAAAUAAAUCUGUACCAAGUCAUGUCCCAGUGAAACUUCAGAACAUCAAGAGUAAAAAGGAAAAUAGUACAAACUUACAGAGAGAAAAGAGAUUGCCUGCAAUAGACUGACAGUGGGUCCAACAGCAUGCUUUCCUCCAGCAACAAUACAUGCUGAAGGCGGGUGACCGAUAUCUUCAAAGUGCUAUGAGAAGUACCACCUACUCCUCAUGCCAUCUGUAUGUGGAACUGAAGCACAGAGCUCUGAUAAUUCUUUCUGAAGAAUUCCGUAUGCUGGUCUCUCUAGAAUCUUUCAGGAAAAGAGACUUUAUGGUUUCUUGCAGACUUUCCAGCAAGGCUUAAUUCCACUGAAAUCAGUGCCUUGGGGCAAUAUCUGUUUUGCCAGCCACCUAUUUGAAACAUGUUGUCUACAGAAACAGCCCACUGGAAACCAUUCUGAUGCCUGGUGGAUAAAAAUCAGAACCACUACCAUUCUAUAUUGGGUGUUUAGAGAACAAAUGGAUGCUUGGGGAACAUGAAACUUGGAAAACUCUCAUAUGGAUUCCAAAUAGCUCAAAUGUCCAUAUGCACACUGACAGGAGGUAUAUGUUGACGAAGAAAUGCCAAGUUGAAUUUUACCAGGAAACAGCAUCAGGACUAAAUGGAAUGCAUUCUUUUACAUACUUUGGAUAGCUCAGAAGCAGAGCAUAAUGUUACCUGGUUCCCUCCGGGGCACACGAUGUCUUUGCCAUUUUAUCAGAAGCUCCACCAACACUAUGAUAGCAGCUACCGCAACAAGGACCUUCGCACCACCAUGAGCCACUACCAGCAGGAGAAGAAAAGUUCUGCCAUCUACACCCACGGCUCCACGGCCUACAGCAGCCGGUCCUCUGCCGCGCACCGCCAGGAAUCCGAGGCCUUCAGCCAGGCGUCCGCUGCCUCGUACCAGCAGCAGGCCUCUCGGGCCACUGCGUCCACCCAUGCAUCUGCAGCCAGUCGGAAGACAGCCUCAGCCUAUGAUUAUGGCUACUCCCACGGACUUACAGAUUCCAGUCUGAUGUUAGAAGAUUAUUCAUCCAAGUUGAGCCCCCAACCAAAGAGAGCCAAGAAAAGCCUUCUGUCUGGGGAGGAGAAGGAAAAUCUGCCAAGUGACUAUAUGGUGCCUAUUUUCUCCGGACGUCAAGUACAUGUCAGUGGAAUUACAGAUACAGAAGAAGAAAGAAUUAAAGAAGCUGCUGCCUAUAUAGCCCAAAGGAAUCUUCUUGCUAGUGAAGAAGGAAUCACAGCAUCCAAACAGUCCACAGCAUCCAAACAGUCUGCAGUAUCCAAACAGUCCGCAGUAUCCAAACAUUCUACAGCAUCCAAAGAGUCCGUGGUAUCCAAACAUUCUGCAGUAUCCAAACGGUCCACAGCAUCCCAAGAGUCUACGUCUAGUCUUCACCAGGAGGAAGCUUUUGAGAAGAAGUCAAGGAAAGUUGCAAUUCGAGAGAAGGCAGAACGCCUGUCGCUGACAAAAACAUUAGAAGAAACUGAAGCAUUUCAUAGAAAGUUGAAUGAAGAUCAUCUUCUCCAUGCUCCUGAAUUUGUCAUUAAACCUCGUUCCCACACUGUUUGGGAAAAAGAAAAUGUAAAAUUACAUUGCUCUGUAUCCGGCUGGCCAGAACCUCGUGUCACAUGGUAUAAAAACCAGGUGCCAAUAAAUGUCCACGCAAACCCUGGAAAGUACAUUAUUGAGAGUCGAUAUGGAAUGCAUACUCUGGAGAUCAAUGCAUGUAAUUUUGAAGACACUGCCCAGUACCGGGCUUCAGCGAUGAAUGUUAAAGGAGAGCUUUCAGCAUAUGCUUCGGUUGUCGUAAAGAGAUAUAAGGGAGAGUUUGAUGAGACUCGCUUCCAUGCUGGGGUUUCCACCCUGCCCCUCAGCUUUGCUGUGACCCCUUAUGGUUAUGCGUCCAAGUUUGAGAUCCACUUUGAUGACAAGUUUGACGUGUCUUUUGGGAGAGAGGGCGAGACGAUGAGUCUAGGCUGCCGUGUAGUUAUCACUCCUGAAAUUAAGCAUUUCCAGCCAGAGAUCCAGUGGUACAGAAAUGGAGCACCUGUUUCUCCAUCAAAAUGGGUACAAACACACUGGAGUGGAGAUAGAGCAACACUGACGUUUUCUCAUCUCAACAAAGAAGAUGAAGGCCUCUACACGAUCCGUGUGCGAAUGGGAGAAUAUUAUGAACAAUAUAGCGCUUAUGUCUUUGUUCGCGAUGCUGAUGCAGAGAUUGAAGGAGCCCCAGCUGCUCCCUUAGACGUGAUGUGCUUGGAUGCCAACAAAGAUUAUAUCAUCAUCUCUUGGAAACAGCCAGCUGUGGAUGGAGGGAGUCCUAUUCUGGGAUAUUUUAUUGAUAAGUGUGAGGUGGGCACAGAUAGCUGGUCUCAAUGCAAUGACACACCUGUGAAGUUUGCUCGUUUUCCAGUCACUGGGUUGAUAGAAGGUCGUUCUUACAUAUUCCGAGUUCGAGCUGUGAAUAAAACUGGAAUAGGUCUACCAUCUAGAGUUUCUGAGCCCGUGGCUGCUCUGGAUCCAGCUGAGAAAGCUAGGCUGAAAAGUCGCCCUUCAGCACCCUGGACUGGACAGAUCAUUGUCACUGAAGAAGAACCUUCAGAGGGUAUUGUUCCUGGGCCCCCCACAGACCUCUCUGUCACAGAGGCCACCCGGAGCUAUGUGGUGCUAAGUUGGAAGCCCCCUGGCCAGCGUGGCCACGAGGGCAUUCUGUACUUUGUGGAAAAGUGUGACGCAGAGACAGAAAACUGGCAGCGGGUGAACACAGAGCUCCCUGUGAAGUCUCCCCGCUUUGCUCUCUUCGACCUGGCUGAAGGGAAAUCCUACCGCUUCCGCGUCCGCUGUUCUAACUCGGCAGGAGUGGGUGAGCCCUCAGAGGCAACGGAAGUGACCGUGGUAGGGGAUAAACUUGAUAUCCCAAAGGCCCCAGGCAAAAUCAUCCCAAGCAGAAAUACAGACACAUCAGUGGUAGUUUCAUGGGAGGAAUCCAAAGACGCCAAAGAACUGGUCGGGUACUACAUAGAGUCAAGCGUGGUUGGCUCUGGCAAGUGGGAGCCCUGCAACAACAACCCUGUGAAGGGCCCACGAUUUACUUGCCAUGGACUGGCAACUGGCCAGAGUUAUAUCUUCCGGGUCAGAGCAGUUAAUGCAGCUGGACUUAGUGAAUAUUCACAGGAUUCAGAAGCGAUUGAAGUAAAAGCUGCUAUAGCGGCACCAUCGCCACCCUAUGAUAUCACUUGUCUUGAAAGUUGUCGUGACUCGAUGGUUCUUGGAUGGAAGCAACCAGAUAAGAGUGGAGGGGCUGAAAUUACUGGCUAUUAUGUGAACUAUCGUGAGGUAAUUGACGGGGUACCGGGAAGAUGGAGAGAAGCCAACAUCAAAGCUGUCAGUGAUGAGGCAUAUAAGAUUAGCAACUUGAAGGAAAACAUGGUGUAUCAGUUCCAAGUGGCAGCCAUGAACAUUGCUGGGUUGGGAGUGCCCUCAGCAGUAAGUGCAUGCUUCAAAUGUGAAGAGUGGACCAUUGCUGUUCCAGGACCCCCACACAGUGUCAAGUGUAGUGAAGUCAGGAAAACCCUCCCUAGUCUGCAGUGGAGGCCUCCGAUCCACUCUGGAAGGACUCCAGUCACUGGUUACUUUGUGGACUUGAAGGAGGCCAGUGCCAAAGAUGACCAAUGGCGAGGACUCAAUGAGGCAGCUAUUAAAAACACAUACCUGAGGGUGCAAGGCCUCAAGGAGGGUGCCAGCUACGUGUUCCGUGUCCGAGCCAUAAAUCAGGCGGGUGUCGGCAAGCCGUCUGACCUUGCUGGGCCUGUUGUGGCAGAAACCCGUCCAGGAACCAAAGAGGUUGUUGUAAAUGUGGAUGAUGAUGGCGUAAUUUCAUUGAAUUUUGAAUGUGAUCAGAUGACUCCAAAUUCUCAGUUCAACUGGUCCAAAGAUUAUGUAUCCACUGAGGGCUCUCCACGAUUAGACGUUGAGAGCAAAGGCAACAAGACGAAAAUGACCUUCAAGGACCUUGGGACGGAAGACAUAGGUAUUUACUCCUGCGAUGUAACAGACACGGAUGGGAUAGCGUCAAGCUACCUGAUAGACGAGGACGAGUUGAAACGUUUACUAGCUCUCAGCCAAGAACACAAGUUCCCAAUUGUUCCAGUUAAGUCAGAGUUGGCAGUUGAAAUUUUGGAGAAAGGCCAGGUUCGGUUCUGGAUGCAGGCUGAGAAGCUAUCUGCCAACACCAAGGUCACCUACAUAUUUAACGACAAGGAGAUUUUUGAAGGGCCGAAAUAUAAGAUGCAUGUUGACCGAAACACUGGCAUAAUUGAAAUGUUCAUGGAAAAGCUACAGGAUGAGGAUGAGGGCACAUACACUUUCCAGCUUCAAGAUGGAAAAGCAGUUGGCCAUUCUACUCUUGUUCUCAUUGGAGAUGUUUAUAAAAAGCUCCAGAAAGAAGCUGAAUUCCAGCGGCAAGAAUGGAUCAGGAAACAAGGUCCUCAUUUUGCUGAGUAUUUGAGCUGGGAAGUGACUGGUGAAUGUAAUGUACUAUUGAAAUGCAAGGUGGCAAAUAUUAAGAAGGAGACUCAUAUUGUGUGGUACAAAGAUGAAAGAGAGAUAUCAGUGGAUGAAAAGCAUGACUUUAAGGAUGGCAUAUGUACACUACUUAUAACAGAGUUUUCCAAGAAAGAUGCUGGGAUUUAUGAAGUUAUCCUGAAAGAUGACAGAGGAAAAGAUAAGAGCAGACUGAAGCUUGUGGAUGAAGCCUUUAAAGAACUAAUGACUGAAGUAUGUAAGACAAUAGCUUUGUCUGCUACAGACCUGAAAAUCCAGAGCACAGCUGAGGGCAUACGGCUGUACUCUUUUGUUACUUACUAUCUGGAUGAUCUGAAAGUUAACUGGUCCCACAACGGAACUGCUAUUAAGUACACAGACAGAGUUAAGAGUGGGGUCACCGGGGAGCAGAUCUGGCUGCAAAUCAAUGAGCCCACUCCGAAUGACAAAGGGAAGUAUGUAAUGGAGCUCUUUGAUGGCAAAACUGGACACCAAAAGACAGUGGAUCUUUCUGGACAAGCAUAUGAUGAAGCCUUUGCUGAAUUCCAGAGAUUAAAACAAGCUGCCAUUGCAGAGAAAAAUCGUGCCCGAGUGCUGGGUGGUCUCCCCGAUGUGGUCACCAUCCAGGAAGGCAAGGCGCUUAAUCUCACCUGCAUCGUGUGGGGUGACCCGACUCCAGAGGUGUCCUGGCUGAAGAACGAGAAGCCUCUGGUCACAGAUGACCACUGCAGCGUCAAGUUUGAGGCUGGCAAGACGGCCUACUUCACCAUCAGUGGGGUGAGCACCGCCGACUCCGGCAAAUACGGGCUGGUUGUGAAGAACAAGUAUGGCUCGGAGAUAAGCGACUUCACUAUCAGUGUGUUCAUCCCAGAGGAGGAGGCAAGGAAGGCCACUGAGCAGCCCCAGAAAGGCAACAAGAAGUCCAAGUGAUGGGAGACCGCUGAGAGUGUGCGCAGGGGCAGCUGCACUGAGCUGCCUCGAGUUACUUGUGUGCAAAUGGCUUGAGUUAAGCAUAAGGAAGUCUUCAUGCUUUCUACUCCCUAUUUUUGUGCUGCUUGGGGGAAAAUUGUGAAAUCUUUUACUCCUGUAAAAAAGCAUCAACUAACAACAUUUUAAUAGUUUUUCUUUAUCUGCAAAUUCUGUGUUAAGAAAAUACCAUUGGUAGCACAAACAUUAGGAAAUGGUUUUAAGGAAAAGGCCAGAAUAAAAGUCAGAGGGACGUUGAACGAUGGUCAGAGAGCAGACGACUGUGUUGUGGAGCAGAGUUUGGACUUGGCUAGACUUUCCCCGGUGAAUUCUCAUGGGUUGCAAUCAUACUUCAGCAUUUUUGUCAAGACAGGGAUGAAUUGUUAAGCCAACCAGUAUGUUUCGUGUGUUGUUACGAUAGUGACGUGCAUUUCUAUUGGCGGUCUUGUGAUUUGGAGCCUCCUUGGUAUUAAUAAACAGUCCUCACACCUCUCCUCUUCCCCA